AUGCCCUCUAAUCCAAGUGAUACAGAUCUUGCCGCGCCCGAGUGCGCAAGAUGCGUCAAGGCGCAAUUGAAAUGCGGGGGCUGUCGCGGUCUCAGCUUCAUCCAAUACAACGGACACAGGGCCGCGACCCCCGGCACCGAUGUCAGUGACAUCUCUCAGGCAGCACCGAUCAUAGGAUCAAAGACAACUGCGCACUCAGUUGUAGUGCCCCGGAGAAACGAGAUCAUUCCAACCCAGAUUGGAAAACAAUACUUGACGCUAGGUUCUAUGGAUGAUGUUUACGCCUCUUACGCGAUGAAUCAUCUACUGCACGAGAGCGAGGAGGUCGUGGUAAAUCCCGACAUAAAUCGAACAUUGACCAACAAGUGCUUUGUCGCGCUUUCCACGACGAUUUUUGGCAUCGAUAAGAAAGAGCCGCAUGUCUUGCAACAUGGUCUUUAUAGAUACGGUACUGCUCUCAAGGCCCUCAACAGGGCGUUAAGUGACCCCCGGGAAAGUCGAUCUUUCGACGUUCUAGAGGCCAUCAUAGUGAUGGCCGUUUUCGAAAUGAUUGCUGGAAACCGCGAAGACGGAUGGAUAGAACACGCACGAGGCCUGGAAAGGCUUCUUGACUUCCGAGGACCGACAUCGAUGCAGCCAUUGCCAUGUUUGGCACUGUUCGAGAAGGCGCGGCCGUCAAUGAUUUUCGCUGCUCUUGUCACCCGCAAAACUACCAUUCUUUCGAGUACUCUGUGGAAAGGUCUCCCGUGGUUGCAAUACCCCGAACGGAAGAAUCCACUCCAACUGCUUCUUGAUAUUGUUGCAGAUUGCCCCGAACUAUUUGUUUUGCGAGAGGAUAUCUUCGGUAAAGGUGAAGGGCUUCCUCGCAAUUCAGCGCUGAUAUCUCUGCUUGAAAUGGCACAAAAGGUUCUAAACGAUCUCGAGACAUGGGAGAAUUGCUGGUCAUCCACUGAGUUGGAUCAGUAUGAUCUAGUCCCAGCGCCGGCCGCUACUACACCAAUGCGCUCCGGAUACGGCAGGUCCAGUGAGCCAGUUUGGGACACCGUUUUUGAAUUUCACAGUCUGUAUCAUGCCAGUACCUUGACACUGUUUCACGGGACCUUGAUCUUACUAUUACUUCUGAUUCAUGGUUUGCAGCUUGCGCUACGAGAUCCAGAAGGUCAUAGUCCCGAACCUGGGCCUGUACCAAUCAGGAUACAUGAAUCUGGCAUCCUUAUAUGCCGCAGUGUGGACUACCAUCUUGAUAAACUGCGAAACAUUGCGAGUUCAUCCAUUCUAUUCCCAAUAAGAAUGGCGUACGAGGCCGUAGGCAAGUCGGACGAAGUCCUUGGGCUGUGGCUAAUGUUCCAACUCAGGCACAUUUCGUCCAGCUCUAGCGGUAGAUGGGCCAUGGCUCGACACGUACUCCGCUUGAACCCUGUCUCGAACAUCACGUCAGAUAGACUCAUACGUGACUACUCAAAUUGA